AUGAGCUACAUCAUCAACCCACAAAAGUACACGAUCACGUUCAUGUUCUACGAGACCGACACUGUCCAAGACAACCAAACAGCCGCCGGCAACAAUCUCUUCAGCCUCAUCCUACAGAAGUACGGCGACCGCCUUGAGGAAUGUCAGGCGGACCAGUGGAGGUUCUUCCUUGCGAUCACGCAGUGUUUGCAUGCGAAUGGUGAACGGCUGUACCAGGAACUACUGGAUGUCUUGGAAAAAACUGGACUUUUUCAUCAAGACGGCGUUUUCAAAGUACCUCAACUUUUCGAGUGGAUUGUCUUCGAGGAGACUGCCGAGGGUCUGAAGUUCACAUCCAAGCACAGCAGCGACACUCUUGAGUUGUUUCGCAGAUACAAAGGGAGGAUUUUCCUGUGA